AUGUCUCCAUCGCGUUCAGGCUUGUCCAUCAGGAUACCGCCAACCCAGGCCAAGACCGACUUGGCUUUCGCAGCCUUGCAGUAUCUCCCUAUGCCAGUGCUGGUACUGUCUAGUCAGAAAACCGUCUUGCUUGCAAACGAAGCCAUGGGGCGCCUAUUCGGCUUAGAUCCAUUCGCAAGCUCUCCGGAAACAGGUGGUCUAGAUGCAUUAACCCGCUUUCAGAGCCGAGACGUGCACAGUGCCACCGACGUGCUAUACGGCGUGUCCAUUGGCCAGUUGGGCAUUGACCUGCUGCAGAACGGGAAUGCCGUAUUCGUGUCGUGGGAAGACUUUCUCGGAACUGUUGUCGACGACGCUUCUCGCGUGCAAAGCUCGCUUACCAACCUUAAUACUUAUCACUCUCGAGGUUUACAGCAAGAACACACUCCCACAAGUCAUAGUCAUGCGCGGACAACGUCGGCUGGAUCAUCCAGACUAAGUACAGCUAGUGGCGUGCGAACUGAAGUCCACGACGCGAUUGUUGACAUCGUCUUCUCUGCGGAUCGCAACCCACAAACAGGGCUACCAGCUGGUACACGACAUAACAUGUCCAGCUACGUCCAAGCGCAGAUGAUCAUCUCUGUGUGGGCCACCGAGGAUGAGCAGUAUUUCACUCUCACCUUCACAUCAACGCAGACAGCACAAGCGGCUUCCGUGGCGGACGCAAACGGUAAGACGACAACGAGGACGGUCGCUCGAGCGCCAACGGGUAUGAGUUCAGGUAUGAGUUCCAGCUCCGGUCUGAGUUCGGGCUCAAGCUCGGAGUCUUCUGGCCAGCGAAAGCAGCCCGGAACGCCUACGAUGCAUCCCAAUGUCACAAGUCCCUACGCCCACCCUCUGACAGACUUUCCGCCACGAGGACCACCGUCUAAGAGCUCGGCAGCGUCCGCUCCAACUAUCUUCUCGAAGACUAACAGGCUCAAGGACGCGAUUCUCAACAGUAUGAGCAUCCCCGCUUACGCCAUGUGGAAGGAUGAAAGCUUCGGCCUGCCGAACAAAGCUGCCAUCAAACUCAUCUACCCAUGGAUUGAGGAUGGCGACUUCGAUUCGAACGAGCAAGCACGCGAUUUCCUGUCCCAUUAUAAGCUCUACAAAGGCGAUUUCUCCGCCGAGCUCGCCCUCGAAGACUUUCCAAUCAUGCGCGUCAUGAGGGAGCAGGAAUCAUUCGAGCAGUAUCGUGUGGGCAUCUACAGCGCCAUAGACGGCAGCAAAAUGCUGUUCGACGUCGCAGGCGAGCCGCUCUUCGAUGACAAAGGCGAAUUCCUUGGCGGUCUGGUGCUCUUCUAUAACGUCACGGACUACGCUCAGACCAUCUCUCGCCAGCAGAGAGAGAAUGAGCAACAGUUUGAGGAGAUCAGCAACAUGGUGCCGCAGAUGAUCUGGCGAACAACGCCUGAUGGCUCGCACGAUUAUUUCUCCGACCGAUGGUACAGCUUUACCGGCUUAACGCGGGAGGAGAGUCACGGCGACGGCUGGGUUAAUGCAUUCCAUGCAGACGAUCUAGAGGUGGCAAAGCCGAGAUGGGCGCAUAGUCUGGCAACGGGUGACGAAUACCUUACAGAGUACCGAGCUUGGAACAGAGAGUCCGCGAGUUGGCGGUGGAUGCUCGGCCGAGCCGUGCCGAUGCGGAACGAGAAUGGAGAGAUCAUGAAAUGGUUCGGAACUUGCACGGAUAUCCACGAUGUGGUAAUGGCGCGCGAGGAAGCGAGGCAAAUGAGACAGGCGCUUGCUCGUGUCAUUGAUACCGCAAAAAUAACACUCUGGGCCAUCGACAAAAACUGCAAGCUUACACUCUUCGAGGGUCUUUCUAUGGCAGAGCCCUACGACUCGGAUGUGCCGAAGUCUCACUAUCUUGGCAUGGAUCUUUGGGAUAUAUUCGAAGAGCAGAACCGUAUGAACGAGCUUCCGGCUUACAGAGGGCCGAUCUUGGAUGUUUUGGAAGGUCGAGCCGCGGAACGCUUAGUUGAUGUGGCGAACACGACUAACAAGCGCUUCUACAGCACACGGCUGCUGCCCAUGUUGAGGCAGGAGCGGAAAGGCGGUCUUGACGGCGAGACAUACCGAGACGGCGUUGUUGGCGUCAGUAUGGAUGUUACGGAGCUGCAUCAGGCAGCCGAGGAGGUCAAGAUGCGUGAGCGCGAGAAUUCGCGCUUGAUGGCACAAAGUGUGGCCGCGAGAGAAGCGAGCAAGAUGAAGAGUCAAUUCCUGGCCAACAUGAGCCAUGAGAUUCGCACGCCGAUUGCGGGCGUUAUCGGCAUGGCAGAGAUCCUGUUAGAUGACGAUAGUGGCCAGCUGACCAAGGAGCAAAAGGAGUGCGCCGAGAACAUUCAGCGCAGUGCGAACGGCUUGCUUACCGUGAUCAAUGACAUUUUGGACUUCUCCAAAGUAGAGAGUGGGCGCCUGGACAUCGAGGAGGUACAGUUUGACCUUUCGGUCGUUAUACGGGAUGUUAACAAGAUGCUGGGCUUUGCUGCGGAGCGCAAGGGCCUGAGAUACAUCGAUGAUAUUCAGGACUUGAAAUCUUGGAAGGUAAUGGGUGAUCCAGGACGGUUACGACAGGUUAUGACGAACCUUCUUACUAACUCGAUCAAGUUUACCUCUGAGGGCAGCGUGACAAUGCGCGUUUGGCCUGAGCGGGAGACUGCGGAAACGGUGGAGGUCCACUUCCUUGUCGAAGACACGGGCAUCGGCAUUGAGGAGGAAGUGCGACAGAAGCUCUUUAAACCGUUUUCGCAGGCUGACAGCUCGACUGCCAGACGCUUCGGCGGGACGGGCUUGGGCUUGACGAUCUCCAAGAACCUUGUAGAGCUUAUGCACGGUAAGAUCUCGCUUGACUCGAAGCUUGGUGUGGGCACGAAAGCAACGUUCUGGAUUCCGUUCCAUAAGGCUGCAUUCCAGGGCGGUAACUCGCCAAUCCUCGACCUAGGUUCCAUCCCCGAUCGACUGCAGUCAGAGGUUUCUGUCUCCCGGGCGAGCUCCGAGCAUAGUGUGCCGACUACGCCCACCACUCCAGCCAAGCCUCUGCAUCACCGCCAAUCCUCCGGCAACGGCGUCCCAGGCUUGCAAGUCUGGCCGUCAGACGCUCCGCAACCUGCACUGAGCGAAGAGGAGCGCAGCAAAACACAAAUUCUAGUUGUCGAGGACAAUCCCAUUAAUCAGCAGAUAGCGCUGAAGACGAUCAAGAAGCUCGGCUUUCCAGUGAAAGCUGUGUGGAAUGGUCAAGAGGCUCUCGACUAUCUUCAACAACCUGAUUCGAAGGAGAACCCUCGGCCUGACAUCAUCCUUAUGGAUGUACAGAUGCCGAUCAUGGACGGAUACCGUGCUACCUACACAAUCCGCAACGCGGCGCCUUUUGUUUCGAAUCCGGAGGUCCAAAGUACGCCGAUCGUGGCAAUGACUGCGUCAGCGAUUCAAGGCGAUAGGGAGAAGUGUCAAAUGGCUGGCAUGGACGAUUAUCUAUCGAAGCCUGUGAAGAAGCCGAACCUCGAGAAAAUGCUGGUGAAGUGGGCUGUUGAGGGAAAGCGGAAGCGUGCAGCGCUCGCCAAGGUCGUUGAGAGCGGUACGCAGAAGCGUCCGCGCGUGUCGCGCAAGACCUCGUCUUUUAUCUCAGACCAUGCAUCUCAGUCUCCACAAGAGCACCUCUCGUCAGAGCUGGAGAAGCUGGACUUCCAUCACCACGCCGCUAUAGAUCGUUCUCAAGAGCUACCUGGUGACGCUGCGGUACGCAAAAGGGAAGCCGAGGAGAAAGCGAUGUCGCUAAGAGACGACGCACUUAUCGAAAGUGGUGAAGAUCCGAAAACACGAUUCGGUCGUGGCGUCAGUGAUGAAGGCCAUGAGAAGACUUCUGCCACUGCCGGCCCUCCCCAGGCGCUCACCGCCGAGAACAUAGAGAUGUUUACCGCGCCAGACCGUAUGGCACAUCUGAAGCGUGCCGACGCGGAGGGCACCGCGGAUGACGCGGACAGUUUGGCUGCUACAGCCGGCGAUGGCCCUAGUGUCUUUCCUCACAGAGCGGUACCUAGUCCACUUGGCACACGCAGUCCUGACUGA